GAAAAGUGGAGCGGAAGAAGAAUGAACUGCGAGUUGGUAAAGGCUCCAUCUUUCCCAGUUCUUCCUCGCCCUCGGCGUCAGCACCAUUUGUUCAAGAUUCUUUGCUGUGACAAGAACUCCGCCUCUUCUUCGCCGUCAAACACCAACAGGUUCGGGUUCAAGUUGGUGGGCAGAUCGCUCGGAGACAUUAAAGGGAAGAUAAAGCAUAUUAACGCCAGCUCAGUUCAAGAAUCAUUAAAUCAAUUGUUUUUGAAAACCCAGAACUACCUGGUUCAAGUCACUUCACCACUGGUGAAAACAGUCAACGAUCGAAGGUCUGCUUCUCAGGAUCACACUCAAGAUGCAGAUGAUAUGUUCGUGCCUGAACAGACUGUUGAUCGGCACACGCCAAGUGGAGAUCUUUCCAUGGCUGCCGUUCUAUCCAUUGAACAAUUCGGCCGGAUGAACGGGGUCAAUGGGAAGAAAAUGCAGAAGAUAUUUAAGGGACUCGUUCCUGAACCUAUCCGUAAUGAUGCCCGCAAUUUGGUGGAGUAUUGCUGUUUUAGGUUUCUUUCAAGGGAAACCUCUGAAAUUCAUCCUCGCCUUAAGGAACCCGCAUUUCAGAGACUGAUAUAUGUAACCAUGCUUGCAUGGGAACAGCCCUAUACCAGAAGUAAUAACUAUUCAGCUGAAUAUCUACAGAAGGAUUCUUUUCAGUUGAAAGGGAAGUUGGUAGGGGAAGAAGCUUUUGUUCGGAUUGCUCCAGCGGUUUCAGGUGUUGCUGAUUGGUCAACAGCAUAUGAUCUUUUUAAAGCACUGGCUGAUGAUGAAGGGGGUAUCUCAUUCACCUCAUGGUCCACAUAUAUCAAUGAACUCCUCAAGGUGCAUGAUGAAAUGAAAUCAUAUGAAUUUCGAGAAUCUCCCAAUAUUUAUAAUGAGAGAGUUCUGUGUAUUGCUUCUGGAGGAAAGUACCCAGUGUUAAAAUGGAAGAAUAAUAUGGUGUGGCCUGGGACAUUGACUUUAACUGACAAGGCACUCUACUUUGAGGCUGCAGGUCUGAAAGGGAAAAGAGACGCUUCAAGGCUUGGUCUCACAGAAGAUUUUUGUCAUGUAAAGAAAACUAGGGUGGGUCUGUUCGGAUUCGAUGUCCUCGACUCUGCUAUUUCUGUUUCUUCUGGUCCGGCUUCUGAAGCAUGGGUGCUAGAAUUUAUUGACUUGAGAGGUGAGAUGAGGAGGGAUGUGUGGUAUGCAUGCAUCAACGAAGUCAUUGCGUUGCAUAGGUUCAUACGAGAUUUCGCACCCGAGGCGGAUGGCGACCAUGGGAAGACAAAAGCAACCACUUAUGCUACGAACGCGAUAGCAAGACUCCGAGCGCUUCAAGCUUCCCAGAAGCUUCUAGAAGAUCCCAACAAACUAGUCCAAUUCUCGAACCUUCAAGACUCUCCUUAUGGCGACGUCAUGUUGCAGACGCUAGCGGUCAACUGUUGGUCAACGCCAUUGAAUUCCGAGAAAGAACGUCGACCUCCAGGAACACAUGAUGCAGAGUCGGCGGAAACUCACGCAUUCGACAUCGAUGGAACCGUCUACUUGCGGAAAUGGAUGAGGUCUCCCACAUGGGCUUCUAAUUCUUCGCUUUCUUUCUGGAGGACUUGUUUGGCAAAACACGAUGGAGUAAACCGAGUAGUGGUCUUGAGUAAAGAUCUUGUGGUUGGUGAUCAAAAUUUGAUGGAGAAGGCGGCCAUGGCAUGGAGAGACAAGUGCAGCGUGGUGGAGAAAACACAGGCCACCAUUAACGCCGCGACGAUUCAAGGAAUACCGAGCAAUAUAGACCUUCUCAAGGAACUGAUGCUUCCUUUGGUGGUCACGGCGAACAACUUUGAAAAGCUCAGACGCUGGGAGGACCCACUUUUGACUGCAUCUUGUCUCGCGCUUACGUACACCCUUAUUUUUAAGGACAUGGUGACCUACGUAUUCCCCGCUGCCUUAAUGGCGUUGGCGGGCGGGAUGCUACUGAUGAAGGGGCUGAAAGAGCAAGGCCGGCUUGGGAGGUACUUCGGCAAAGUCACCAUUCGCGACCAGCCACCUUCAAACACUCUCCAAAAGAUCAUUGCCCUGAAAGAGGCAUUGAGAGAUCUGGAGAUGCUUCUCCAAAGUCUCAAUGUCUCUUUGCUUAAAAUCCGGUCGGUUGUUCUCGCGGGACAACCUCAGAUCACCAAAGAGGUUGCUCUGGUGCUGCUCUUCAGUGCUGCCCUUCUGCUAAUUGUUCCAUUCAGAUACAUUCUCUCUUUCGUGAUCUUCGACCUGUUCACCAGAGAACUUGAGUUCCGAAGGCAGAUGGUUCUGAGAUUCAUGAGCUUUCUGAAGGACCGUUGGGAUACUGUUCCGGCAGCCACUGUCGUGGUGUUGCCCUAUGAAACUGAUGAAUCAGAGGACAGAGACGGCCAUAGAACAAGGGAGAUCAAUAAAGAUUCAAGAAAAUCUGAAAAAACACGCCGAGAAAACGACGAGUAGGUAGUAUAAAAAAGAAAUUCAUGAGCUUUUC